AUGACUUCGACGCCGAACGGUACGGCGGACGCGCCUAUCGACGUCAACGGACUCCCCACCGUCGUCGGCAUCAACUUUGGCAACUCGUACGCGUCCAUCGCGGAGAACCUUGCGGAAUGCAUUGCGAACGAAGACGGCGAACGCCAGAUCGCCUGCGCCAUCGCGUUCCAGGGCGAUGAAGUCUACAUCGGAAACGGGGCCAAGCAGCAGCUCGUCAAGAACGCGCACAACACCAUCACCGGCUUCCGCAACCUCCUCGGCAAAAAGUUCUCCGAGCUCCCGCACGACAAGCCGACCGUCUCCGCGCCCGUCAUCCAGCACCCCGACCACGCCGACCUGCCCGCCUUCAAAGUCUCCGUCGGCGCCGACGCGCCGACCGACCGGAUCCUGACCGUCGCCGAAGCGACGACGCUCUUCCUCAAAUCCCUGCUCGGCUCCGCGACCGCCUUCCUCGGCAAGCCCGUCGACGGCGCCGUGCUCAGCGUCCCGGCCUGGUUCGACGAGCACCAGCGUCUCGCGCUCCAGCACGCCGCCGAGGCCGCCGGCGUCAAGGUCCUCCAGCUCCUCGACGAAGCCGGCGCCGCCGUCGCCGCCUCCACCGCCUCCUCCGCCUCCUCCCUCCCCGCAGACCGCACGCAGCUCAUCGUCGACCUCGGCGCGUCCGCGCUCGAGCUCACCCUCGUCUCCCUCCGCGCCGGCCUCGCGCACGUCCUCGCCCGCGCCUCGGACCCCGCCGUCGGCGGCGACAAGAUCGACGACGCGCUCGUCAAGUUCUUCGCCAAGGACUUCACCAAGAAGACCAAGACGCCGCUCGCCGUCUGCCCCGCCGCGGACACGCACGACCAGCGCGCCGAGGCCAAGCUCCGCCUCGCGCUCGAGCACACCAAGCGCACCGUCUCCGCCUCCGCCGGCGCCGCCACCUGCGCCGUCGAGUCGCUCAAGCACGGCCUCGACUACACCGGCUCGCUGAACCGCAUGCGGUUCGACAUGGAGGCCCGCGCCGUGUACGCGCACGUCGCGCGCGCCGCGGCAAGGCUCGUGACGGACCAGGCGGGGCUCGACCCGUUCGCGGUGGACGAGGUCGUGUACGCCGGCGGGAGCGCGAGCUUGCCCGGGCUGGACGAGGCGCUCGUGGCCGCGUUCGGCGACGCGCUCGUCACGCCGUUCACGGCCGGCACCGUCGUCGGCGGCGGCGCGGGCGACCCGACGACGCUGCUCGCGCGCGGCUGCGCGCUCCAGGCGCAGCUCCUCGUCCACCUCGGCGACGCGGACGAGGACGAGGAGGUGAGGUGGGCGUUCGAUACGAACAGCAAGUGGACGGAGGUAAGCGCGACCGGCGCCGCGGUGGGGGUGCUGUUCCCGGAGGAGAAGGGCGCCGCGGCGGACGCGGCGCUCGGCGGGCUCUGGGUGACCGGCGUCAAGGCGGAGACGGCGGUGCCGUGCCGGCGCGCGGUCCGGUUCGACGUCGACCUCGGCGGGGGCGAGGCGAAGAAGGUCGGGUUCGAGGUGUGGGAGGCGAAGGAGGACGUCAAGGUCGAGCUCGUGAAGCCGCCGAAGAUCGAGUACGACGAGGGGGACGAGGUGCCGGAGGACGAGGAGGAGGAGGAGCCGGAGGAGGAGGUGAAGGAGCGCAUCGUCACCAAGCAGCACCUGCUCGGCGCGGUCGCCUUCGAGGCGAAGCUCGCGGCGAAGGAUAAGGGGCGGUGGAGGACGCGGUUGGAGGUACAGUUUAUCGUCGGUGCGGACGGCGCGGUGGAGGUCGACGCUUGGGAGGUCAGCGAUACCGCCAAGGGCGAGCCGCACUCCCUCAAGAUCGCGGCUCCCUGA